GUAGAUAUAAAAGGGUUCUAGAAAGUGUCAAAGUGACAAGUUGAAAACUUUGAACCAUACAGCACAAGAUGGCGUGGCUGCACAUGACCGUGGCGAUCCUGGCGGCGCUGGCGAAGUCGAGCCACGCCCAGGGUUACAUCGCUCCCGACCCGCCCUGCUACGCCCCGACAGUCACCGUCUACGACACGGAGACGCAGGUCAACACGCUCGUGGAGACGGUUUCCACCACGAUCGUCGAAAAUGUGGUGCAGACGGAGACCGCGUACGUCACGGAGACGCUGACGGAGAGGGAAGUGCAGUCCGUCACGGAGGUGGAGACCGUCGUUGCCACGGAAACAGAGCAGGUCACAGCGACGGCAUACGAAACAGUCUACGAGACGCAGGUGGUGACGCAGACGCAGACGCAGGUGGAGGAGCGUACAGCCACCGUCACCGAGACGAAGGUGGAGGAAGUUGAAGUGACUAAGUGCGCCGCCCCCGCCCCGGCUCCCAGGCCUGCCUAUGGCCCUUCUACAUCCUACGGCCCCCCGCCGCGCCCAUCCUACAAAGCCCCCGCGCCGGCGCCCUCCUACGGCCCCACGCCCAUGCUGAUGAGUCUGGGCGGCUUCAAGGGCUACCCCGGCUUCAAGGGAUUCGAUUUCCAAGGCUUUAACCCAUUUUCCCAAUAUGAAUCGAGCGACUAAAUUAUAAAUACAUGUAGAUUUUACAGUCCAUUUAUUUAUAUGUUUUACUGAUGGAACUAAGUCUUUCAUAAUACAUUUUCGAAUGCUUUUUUUAUAUGUCUACAUCAGAUAUGGUUUUCAGUAUUUGCCAUAAUUUCUGUUUCUAAAACUUUUCAACUCUAGUCUGCUUCCUGAACCCGAGGAUGUAAAUGUGGAUGUCUUACAACAUACUGUAAAUUUAUUAUUUCAGACGAAGCUUAUUCGGAAUAAUAGAGGGAAGAGAGAGAGAGAAAUAGGUCUCGAUAUCCCUCUGGCGCCAAAAUUUGAAAAUGUCGGUUAUGACGCCGGUUACGUUAUGACCUCAUGUCUCCAUUUUCUGUGCAUCUUUUUUCGUGUUUUGGUGUAAAUAAACCAAAUGUAUUUAUAA